CUCCCACCUUCAUGAAAAAGAGCAAGUGUCCGAAGGCCGUGGGAGGGCCGCUCACAUGUCCACGCCGCCCUACAGGGUUGGAAUCAUCACCGUGUUGAUGAUGACAUUUCAUUUCCAACCUCCUCUGGCCAUGAGCAAGCUGGCACGUUCGCCCGGUGGCGGGGAACCUCAGCGAGAGCCCAGAAAGCCCAAAUGCUCACGGUGCCGCAACCAUGGCAUCAUAUCGCUCCUCAAGGGCCACAAACGAUUCUGCAGAUGGAAAGACUGCCACUGUGAAAAGUGUACGCUUAUUGCUGAGAGGCAGAAGAUCAUGGCAGCUCAGGUUUCCUUGAGGAGAGCGCAAGCUCAGGAUGAGGAGUUGGACCUCGUAAGAGCGGUCAACACGGUCCCGGUGUCUGCUGCCACAACAAGUGAUAACGUCCACGACGCGUAUGCUGGCGAAGGCGCUUCCUCUCUGAUGACUACCGCAGGCACAGGGAGCGAUUUGAACCCGCCGGGCGGAAGCAGGCCUUCCAACCAGGUCCAGUCAGAGCCGCACUUGGAAACCUCCUUCUACAACCUCGACCCUACUCCUUACUACCUGCCCGACUACAACAACUUCUACAACUACGAGCAAUAUCAGGUACAGGACGCUGGUCAUAUCUUCCCACAGUACCAAAUGCCUUCCUACUACUCCGGGACCACUUACCUACCCCAGAGUUCAGGCUCCUCCUUCUUCACCAUGGGGGGAAUGAGCUCCUCCAUGGGGAUGACCACUGCCCCCAUGUCAGCCGGCAGCAGCGUCGAGGUCGGCGCCGUCCAGGACCUUCCAGCCUACCAGGUGGUGGAGGACACCAACUCUGAGCCGGACGCCCAAGUCGUCACCAACUCUGGGUCCGACGGGUCCGACUAUCUCAUCGUUGACGAAGACGCGUGAAAAUGAACACCGGGUUCAGUUUUUACACAACGAUCAUAGCCUUAAAACAUUUUUGGAGUGGAGUUACUAGAUCAAUUCAAUAAUCAUCACUGACAAAUUUCACAUUCUAACAAAAUAGCUGUCUUAUUUUUUAAAGUGUUAACACUGAAAAUGCAGUUUUUUUAAUCCUCACUUUCUUUGUGUUGUAUAAUUUCUCAUUAUUGUGUAUGCUUUUCCUCCAUUUUUUAAGUCAUCGGCUGCAAUUGAAUUCGCCCCCUCCCAGUCAAAAUGGACUGGAAGUCUACUGCUGUCAAUGGCAGCCGAUAAGCUAAGUGCCAAUGAUUGUGAUAGAUGUUUAUUACAGUAGAAUCAAGUAAGAAAAAAAGCACAUUUACUGCAAUCAAUCACAAGUAAUGUAAUGUGAAUUAAUGUGAUUCAACUUUUUUUCACCACUUUUUUUAUGUAACUUCUGACCAAAGCUUUAAAAGACAUUUGAUUCAAAUAAACACAUCAAUCAAUCAAUAAAUAAGCAGUCAACAGUGUUUUCUCUUAUGGA